GACGCGGCGGGUGCCGAGAGGGGCUUACAACGCUCGAGGCAAAGGGUUGCGUGCGCGGUUGUACAUCGUCUCGCUCCUGCCCGUCUCUUCCCCUCUCCCUCCCUCACACACAUACACGUACAUAUACGCACGUUUAAUCGCUCUUGGGGCUCAUCCGCCACCCCAUUCGCACUUGUCCGACUUUGCGCGCUCACAUAUGUUUGUAUUGAUACACAGCCGGAAGCCGGACAGGUGAAUCGUCCUCUUCCCGAUUACGAUGAAACAGGAGUGGAAUUCGAUGACGGUAACACCGGCAAGGAUGGACGCAAAACAGCGGAAGAGACAGUUUGUCAGUCAUCGGCCGUACUCGAUUCGGUCAACUCACCACGUGGAUCGUGGUCUCGUGCUCUCGUCGCUGACACCAUUCACGCUCGUCCUCGUCCUCGUCCUCGUCCUCGGUUCCUCCGACGCCUCCUACGAAACACAAGGGCCCAGCUUCGUGACGGAACCGCCGUCAAGGGUGGAGUUCACCAACGUGAGUGGCGGCCGGGUGGAUUGCACGGUGCGCGGAAAUCCUUUGCCGACCGUCGACUGGCUGGCGGCGGACGGCGGCAGUAUAACGAGCAUCCUCGGCAUCAGGCAUGUUCUGGGUAACGGUACGAUACAUUUUCCCGCCUUCGAGGCCGAGGCCUUCCGGCAGGAUGUCCACUGGGCCAUUUACAAGUGCUCGGCCGUCAACAGCGUCGGCGCGGUCGUCAGCAGAGACGUCACUGUCAGAGCAGUGGUAAACCAACGUUACGAUCCGGAAGUGCAGAGCCCCAGCAGCUUCCUCGGCAACAAUGUACUUAUGCGCUGUAACGUGCCCAGUUUUGUUCGUGAUCACGUCACGGUCACGUCUUGGCUCCAAGAACCAGUUUUCAAUAUUUAUCCUUCCACAAUGGGCGAUGGCAAAUAUCAUAUGCUGCCGAGCGGUGAGUUGAUGAUAAUCAAUAUUACGCGAAGCGACGCGCAGAUGACUUAUCGAUGCAGGACGCAUCAUCGGCUAACUCAGGAAACCGUCGUCAGCAGCAAUGUAGGGCGGCUGCAACUGACUGAAAUUCGAGGCACCAUGCCACCUAUAAUAAAUGAAAAGCUAGUGUACAUGUCAGCCCGUCUAAAGGACACCGUCGUGAUCCCUUGCGUGGCCCAUGCUAAUCCUACCCCGAUUAACAGAUGGUACUACAAUAGAAAUCAGAGGGAGGAGCCGAUCGAAGAAUCGUCGGGACAUUACGUGGUGCGCGACGGUUCCUUGAUCAUCCAGAGUAUCGAGGAGAACGAUGCCGGCUCGUACAUGUGCACCGCCAGCAAUUCCGAAGGCAGCGAGACUUUGGAGAUCAGAUUAACGGUGUCUGCGCCGCUCAGCGUUCACGUGCAGCCGGCGAUACAGACCGUCGACCUGGGGAAAUCCGCCUAUCUGACGUGCACCGCAAGUGGAUUUCCGCAGGCAGCUCUCUAUUGGCUGAAGGACGGUCAACCAUUGAGGACGGGCGCCCGCGUAAGGACCGUCUCCAGCGAGCGUAUUUCCGUGACGUCGGUUGCGAGAGAGGACCGAGGCAUGUACCAGUGCUUCGUGCGGAACGAGUACGAAAUGGCCCAAGGAAUUGCAGAAUUGCGCUUAGGGGAGAUCGCGCCGCAGCUGGUCUACAGGUUUAUCGAACAGACAAUGCAGCCCGGUCCAUCGGUUUCCCUGAAAUGCAGCGCCGCGGGUAAUCCCACGCCGCAAAUUUCCUGGCUGCUGGAUGGAUUUCCGCUUCCACAAAACGACAAGCUUCUGAUUGGCCAAUACGUGACCGUGUACGGGGACGUAAUAUCGCACGUUAAUAUCACGAGCGUGAAGGCAGAAGACGGCGGCGAGUACGAGUGCAUCGCCGGCAGCCGCGCUGGCGAAGCCAGACACUCGGCGAGACUCAAUAUUUACGGAUUGCCAUACGUCAGACCGAUGUCGCCCGUUUCAGCGGUCGCCGGGAAGCAACUAUAUAUCAAGUGUCCUGUAGCCGGUUAUCCUAUUGAAUCGAUAGUGUGGGAGAAAGGGGACGUAAAACUGCCUACCAAUAUGAGACAAAGAGUCGCCAAUGGCACGCUGUUUAUCGAUACCGUGCAACGCAGUGCCGAUGAAGGCACUUACACAUGCACUGCCAGAAACAAACAUAAUUUUACGUCGCAUCGCUCGGUCGAAGUACGCGUUUUAGUGCCACCUAAAAUCACGCCUUUCAGUUUUGCUCGCGAUUUAAACGUAGGGGACCGUACUAGCGUACAGUGCGUAGUCGUGACCGGCGACCUACCACUGACAUUCACAUGGCUGAAAGAUAACGUCCCGAUAGAGACGGUCAGGACGUUGCCGUCGGUCUCGCAGGAUGCGCCGACGUCAGGCAGCCGCGGUCGGUCGCCGGCCGCCAGUCCCGGGAUGGACGUGGGCCCCCCUAAGCUGAGGGGCCCUGCUACCAUGACCGUCUCCGGCCCCGGGCAUGACGAAGCGUCCCCCUCGUCCCAGAGAAAGAGCAUUACCAUCGGGAAACAUGACGCUUUUACCAGCGCCCUGAGCAUUAGCACGAUCGCACCCGCGCACAAUGGCACGUACACCUGUCGCGUGACCAAUGGCGCCGCAACCGUCGCUCAUUCUGCACUCCUUCACGUCAACGUACCGCCGAGGUGGACCGUGGAACCUAUCGACCAGGACGCGGUUGUAGGUCACGGCGUCUCCAUCGCCUGUCAGGCCGAAGGAUUCCCCAUUCCGACUGUGACUUGGAAGCAAUCUAUCGGUGAAACUACGGGCGACUACAGAGAGCUCGGAUACGGCGGCACGGAGGGCGCCGGGGUGGCCAGAAACGGAUCCUUGGUGAUCCCGCGGGUAUCGCGAGAUCACGGUGGAUUCUAUGUAUGCCAGGCGAGCAACGGUAUCGGGCCCGGCCUUAGCAAGCUCAUUCGGCUAACGGUUCAUGCGGGUCCGCAGGUGACAGUAAGGACGAGACAGGAAUCAGUGCGAAGAGGCGAGAGCGUAAUAUUGCGCUGCGAGGCCGAGGGAGACGCGCCUCUUGAUCUUAGCUGGCGUGUUCGUGACAGCAAGAUCGAUCCUAAUUACGACGUUAGGUACGCGGUGGACAAUACAGCGGACGCAUCGGGACGCGUCACCACCGAGCUGCGGAUCGUCCAGGCGAGCCACAUGGACCGCGGCGACUACAUCUGUACAGCCGCGAACGCUUACGGUCAGGACAAGGCAACAAUCCACCUGCUCGUGCAGGAGCCGCCCGAUUUCCCACGUAAUCUCCACGUGGCCGAGCAGGGCAGCCGGUCAAUUCUGCUGGCCUGGUCUUCACCUGCGAACGAUCGCGACGUGAACCACGCCAGUGCACCAAUCACCAACUAUAUUGUGCAAUAUAAGGAGGCGCAAGACGUUUGGCAUGAGCACAACACGCAGAAGCUGGUAGCCGGGGACAACACGGUCGCUCGAGUAUCGUCCCUAAAACCCGCGACUACCUACCACUUUCGAGUGCUUGCGGAAAAUCAUCUUGGAACAUCAGCGCCAAGCGACAUCCUUCAUGUGCAAACGGACGGCGAAGUACCCGGUGGACCGCCCAGACAUGUCUCCGUGGAGCCCCUGGGCCCGCAGCAGCUCAAGAUCACGUGGCAACCGCCGGAUCGAUCCCUGUGGAACGGCGAACUACUCGGAUACAUCAUCGGCUACACCAAUCUCGGAAGCGAUGAUCAAUUAACGAACACGACGCGGGUUGGAAUCACAGGAAACGGGGAUGGUUCUCACGAUUAUAGACUAACCGGUCUGCGAAAAUACACCCAAUAUAGCAUAGUGGUAAAGGCGUUCAAUAGCAAAGGAGACGGCCCGGGAUCCGAUCCUGUGACAGCGCACACAUUCGAAGACGUUCCAAGUGCGCCACCGCAGAAUGUAGCCUGCGCUGCACUGAAUGGUCAGAACAUCCAGGUGACCUGGAAACUACCUCCUUCCGACAAAGUUCACGGGGUCGUGCAGGGAUACAAGCUACUGUACGAGGCAGCGAGCGGUGCCACCUCAGACUCGCAAACCGGUAGAGAGACGAAAAUUAGCCAUGGUCUGAGCACGCUCUUGCAAUCUCUCAGCCCGUACACCAACUACACGAUGCAGGUGCUCGCCUUCACUAGGGCCGGCGAGGGUGUCGCGAGCAAUCCCGUGUCCUGCACCACCGGGGAAACCGUUCCCGACGCACCGGAACGCAUAAAGUGGGUGGUGAGCGGCGAGAACGCUGUCAUAAUAUCAUGGUUACCACCGCGACGGCCGAACGGACUGCUCACCCAUUACACCGUUUACAUUCGCAUGUUAGAGCAGGGCCAAGAUAAGAUCAUCAAGAACACUCUGCCCGCUCAGAAUCUACAUCACGAGGCAACAGACUUGAAGCUGCACGAGUCUUACGAGGCGUGGGUCACGGCCUCGACUAAGGUCGGUCAGGGCUCGAGCACACCGGUUGUCAAAUUUCAGCCUAGCACCACCGUUCCAGCUGCCAUAAUAUCAUUCGGCGUGCCCAUCGUGGUUCCGUGGCGAGUGGACGUUAAUAUGGCUUGCCUCGUCGUCGGCAAUCCUCAUCCAACCGUCGAGUGGCGACGUGCCGACAUGAAAUUACAGUCAAAAUUGCACCCGAUUGGACCAGAGAACACUUUGACUCUGAGAAACGUGCAGAGAAGUCACGAAGACAACUAUUCGUGUCACGUGAAGAAUUCACUCGGCACAGAUGAAAUUACGUAUACGCUGCACAUACAGGUACCGCCAACGUCGCCGACUCUGCUGGCGACCGGUACAACGACCGACGCCAUCCAGUUACAAUGGAAGCAAGGUGACAACGGUGGCUCGCCCAUUAAGGGAUUCCUCCUGGCUUACCGUAAGGAAUUCGCCGAAUGGGAGGAGGUCAUGUUGGACCGUCGUGCGAGCACGCACCUACUCGAGGGUUUGCAAUGCGGCACGCGUUACCAGUUCACGCUCGCUGCCUUCAAUAGGAUCGGAAGCGGUAGUGCAAGCGACAUACAGACAGCCAAGACGAACGGCUCCAAGCCCGUCCCGCCGCCGAAGUAUCACUUCGUCAAGCCGAAUCAGACGUUCGUUAUUCUGGAGUUGGCGGCUUGGCAAGACGGCGGCUGCCCGUUGACCUACUUCGUCGUAGAAUAUAGGAGGCUGCCCGGGGAUUGGCUGCUCGUAUCGAAUAAUGUUCCGCCGCAGUCGAAAUUUCCUAUCAUGGAUCUAGAGAGUGGCACCAGUUACGAGCUUCGUGUGACUGCUUACAACAAUGCCGGUUCCAUCCAGGCUGAGUAUCUGUUCAGUACGCUGUCACCGAACGGAAACAAUCAUUUGCACGAGGAUCACCCACAGGAGAACGAGACUACUCCGCUCUAUCUCGACGCGCAUGUCUUGGCGCCCAGCGUCAUCUCGGUUCUGGCCGUCAUGUUGGCGAUCGCCGGGGUGUGUUUUUGCCUCAAGACACAUCCAGAGGGAUCCGGAGGCGCGAACGAUCCGAGCUCGCAAACACAGGCAGCUUUGGACAACAAACACAACAUGGAACAGAGGGAACAGUACUAUGCCACUGUGAGAAAACCGGGACAACAAUCACCUUGUCGUGAGGUGAGCGCCCUGGAACGAAUACCCGAGUAUUCGGAAGAUAUUUAUCCGUAUGCCACCUUCAAUCUGCCCGAGCAGGAAAAUCUUUCGGCGAAUCCCAUGAGACAAGCGUUCUUCUACGAACGCAGCGAGACGAUGCUGCAAGGUGCCCAAUGCGACGUGGACCAAUACACGAAGGUACGAGGUCGAGCGCGACGCAAAUCGAAAUCGUUUAAAUCGGAAUCGGAGGAAUACGACACGCUGGGCUCAGACAGCGACACGGAGGUCGGUACUAGUAGCCGUACCGAGUCGUCGAAUCAUCUGGACGACUCCGGUCCGACGUCGAUAAUGGCCCGUUCGCCGGGACCCAACUCUGUCAAUCAACAACGACUCGCCCUGGUGCAGCGACCGGUUCAUCAUAAUGUGCUGUACCACACGCACGAAUCAAGUACAUCAACCGAGCCGUCACCAAUUUCUGAGAGGAAGACUUUCCCGAGGCUCGAAAAGCAAAGGAGUCGCGGCGCGAUAGACGCCGCGAUCGACGGUCGCAUUCCAGGUAUACUGCGACCGGUGCUGAAGCUGUCGGAGUCCGGAGUGCAUUCGUACUCGCGAGGAGCGUCGCCGAGUCAUCCGGUGCGUCCUGGUUCCUACGACAGGCUGGAGAAGGAGCCGAGCACCAGAAAGUCCGUCGAGUCGCUCUGUCUCCUGGAGGAGCCGGCGGGCACGUUCAGAAUGAUGAGAAGGGACGACGAUUGGGGCAGCGAGCUGUCUACGUUGGAAUUGAAGCCACCGAGCGGUUUCACGGACGUUCACGAGACCAGUGAAGCCGAGUGUGACAUCGACAUGAAGCUCAAGUUGCAUAGAAAACGGUCGACUGGUCUCCACUCGAAUAGCUCGCUCUCCAAAUCGCCCAAGGAUUUCACUAUCACCGUCUAAGUGUUUUAAUCAAAUAUGGAAACCAAAAAUAAAAAAAAGAAAAAACCAAAAAACGAAAGAUUCUCAGAAUAAGCGAAACAUUGCCAAAGCAUGAAUGUUAUUAAGUCAAGUAAGUUACGAUUUUCUCGCCAUACAUCUCAAUGCGAUUGCCAGACAAGAGCGUCAGCUCUAUGGAUCUAGAUCUCUGGAUGUUUGUCUUUUAAAAAGUGUCUACUGCCAAAGAGUUCGUUUACAAAUAAAGACUUAUUUUUGCAAAAAAAAAAAGAAUGAAGUAUCUUACA